AAUUUGAUCUUGAAAAAAAAUGUGUGGAGGCGCCACAUACUAGGUAAUAGAACUUCAUCAAGCGACAUCAGGCAAACACUGAAAAUUGACGUCAGAACUAUGUAUACAUUUCUCAGUUCGGUAAGAACAUGGUAUGUUUCCUCUCAGUUGCGUUUUCUUCAUUGGUCAUUGGUUAACACAUGUGCCUUUUAUUACACUCGUACUUACAGUGUUAAAUAUAUCAUCAAAAGCAUCGUAAUGCAGCGUUAAUUGAAGAGAUCAACCUUUAUUUGCAAACAUAUUUCUAAACAUAACAUUGAUAUUCGAAAAAUUUAAAGUGAUAAAUCAGUGUGCAAAAACAAACAUGUUUGCAUUCUUGACAAAAAGAAUUUUGUUACAGCAACUUAUUUAUAUACGUCGUUUUGGAUGUAAAGCUGCUGCUACUACUACUACUACCACCACUACUAGUUCCAGUCCAGAUUCAUGUAGCUCGUUCGAUCUAGUUAUUGUCGGGGGUGGUAUUGUUGGAUGCGCUACUGGUCGAGAAAUGUUAAUAAGACAUCCUAGCUUAAAGAUAGCGAUCGUUGAAAAAGAAAAUGAUCUAGCAAAACAUCAAACAGGGCAUAAUAGCGGUGUAGUACAUGCUGGCAUUUAUUACAAGCCUGGCUCUAUGAAAGCACGACUAUGUGUGGAAGGUUUAAAACUGAGUUACGACUAUUUUUGUAAACACGAUAUAUCCCACAAAAAAGUUGGAAAACUAAUAGUGGCUCACAAUAAAGAACAAGUCAAACAAUUGGAUAUCUUGUACGAUCGAGCAAUUCAAAAUAAUGUACCGGAUAUCCAAAUAGUUGAAAAACAUUGUAUAUCAAAUUAUGAAGCUAAAUGCAAAGGAGAAAAAGCAAUAUGGUCACCAUGGACAGGUAUAGUCAAUUGGGCAGAAGUUUGUAAACAUUUUGGAAAAGAUUUUCAAAAAAUGGGUGGAAAAAUACUUUUAAAUUUUGAAGUUGUUGGUUUCUCAGAGAUGACAGAAUCUAAAGGGGCAAAUGAAUUAACUCCAAUUUCAGUGCAUUCGAAAGAUAAAUGUUUACCAACAAAAUAUGUGUUAACGUGCGCUGGGCUACACUCGGAUCGUUUAGCAGUAAUGACAGGAUGCGAUCGUAGUCCACAAAUUGUUCCCUUUCGGGGAGAAUAUUUGUUGCUGAGCGAAAGCAAAAAACAUUUAUGCAGCACCAAUUUAUAUCCUGUUCCAGACCCUAGAUUACCAUUUUUAGGCGUUCAUUUUACACCUAGAAUCACUGGCGAAAUAUGGCUUGGUCCAAAUGCAGUUUUAGCAUUUGCAAGAGAGGGUUAUCGGUGGCGCGAUAUAAAUAUAAAAGAUUGUAUAGAAAUGGCAAAAUUUCCAGGACUGUACAAAUUAUGUAUCCGACAUUUUAUACCAGGAUUAAGAGAUAUGAUGAAAUCAAUUUUUUAUCCAUUUAUAGUAAGAGAUUUACAAAAAUUUAUCCCCGAAGUAUCUAUUAAAGAUAUAAAAAGGGGACCAUCAGGUGUUAGAGCGCAAGCAUUGGAUAAAAAUGGCAAUUUAGUAGAUGAUUUUGUUUUUGAUGGAGGAAAAGGUAAUAUCGGUAAGAGGGUAAUACAUUGUCGCAAUGCACCUUCUCCUGCUGCAACUAGUUCCAUGGCGAUUGCUAAAUAUAUUGCUGAUAAACUAGAAAAAGAUUUUAAAUUCUGACGAGUCCGACAAGAAAUUCGGAUACCAAAUUUAAAAAUAAUCCGUGUUAAUACAUAUAAAAAUAAAAAUUUAUAUUUGAAAAUAAAUACGUAAGAAAAUAUGCGCAUUUUGAAAAUAAUGUGUUCAUGACUUAUGUACAUACCGUAACGUGCAAUAAAACAUACUUUAUCUUCUUCUU